UUCACUUCCUGUAGUUUUGACACAACUGCAGCGGGCUAGCAGCAGUUAGCGCUUAGCAGAAAUUUCACUUGUAAAUUCGCCGUAGUAUUCAGCAUACGAUGUCGGAAAACAUGUCUGCAGAGGUGGAGCGAUCAGAAAGAUCAGAUGGCAAGCUUGUGAAGAUGGAGGUUGACUACAGUUCAACUGUAGAUACACGUCUACCGGAGUGUGCUGAAAUGGCAAAAGAAGGUAGGCUGCAGGAGGCAGUUGAAAGCCUCUUGUCGCUGGAGAAGCAAACGAGGACUGCUUCUGACAUGGUGUCAACCUCCAGAAUCCUGGUGGCUGUUGUGCAGAUGUGCUAUGAAGCGAAGGACAUGGACGCCCUAAAUGAAAACAUCAUGCUGCUCUCUAAAAGGAGGAGUCAGCUCAAAGGGGCUGUUGCUAAGAUGGUGCAAGAAUGUUACAAGUAUGUAGAUACCGUGACCGACCUGACCGUUAAGCUGAGACUCAUUGACACACUACGCACAGUGACCGCUGGCAAGAUCUAUGUGGAGAUUGAGCGGGCCAGGCUGACCAAAACAUUGGCCAACAUCAAGGAGCAGCAUGGCGAGGUCAAAGAGGCCGCAGCAAUCCUCCAAGAGCUGCAGGUGGAGACAUACGGCUCCAUGGAGAAGAAAGAGAAGGUGGAGUUCAUCCUGGAGCAAAUGAGGCUGUGCAUCGCUGUCAAGGACUACAUCCGCACCCAGAUUAUCAGCAAGAAGAUCAACACCAAGUUCUUUACAGAGGACGGCACUGAGGAGUCUAAGCUGAAGUAUUAUAAUCUGAUGAUCCAAGUAGACCAGCACGAGGGAUCCUACUUGUCCAUCUGCAAACACUACCGUGCCAUCUACGAUACCCCCUGCAUUCUGGAGGAUAGCUCCAAAUGGCAACAGGCCCUGAAAAGUGUUGUUUUGUACGUGAUACUGGCUCCUUACGACAACGAGCAGUCCGACCUGGUGCACAGAAUCAACGAAGACAAGAAAUUGGAAGAAAUACCCAAAUACAAGGACCUCCUGAAGCAGUUCACCACCAUGGAGCUGAUGCGUUGGGCCUCCCUGGUGGAGGAUUAUGGGAAGGAGCUGAGGGAGGGCUCCCCCGACAGCCCGGCCACCGACGUUUUCAACUCCUCCGAGGAGGGCGAAAAGAGGUGGAAGGACCUCAAGAAUAGAGUGGUGGAGCACAAUAUAAGAAUUAUGGCCAAAUAUUACACAAGGAUCACAAUGAAGAGGAUGGCUGGCCUCCUGGACCUCUCCAUAGACGAGUCUGAGGAGUUCCUCUCCAACCUGGUGGUGAACAAGACCAUCUACGCCAAGGUGGACAGGCUAGCCGGUAUCAUCAACUUCCAGAGGCCGAAGGACCCCAACGACCUGCUCAACGACUGGUCCCACAAACUGAACUCCCUCAUGUCCCUGGUCAACAAAACCACACAUCUCAUCGCCAAAGAGGAGAUGAUACACAACCUGCAGUGAUGAGGACCGAGUGCAUUGUUUUCUUUUUUUUCCUUCUUUACUUUGAGUUUUUCUGAAUUUACAUUGAUGAAUGAACUGUUAUUCCAAUGUCAACUGCCCACAUUUUUGGAAUAACAAAUACCACAUACCACACGCAAAGUUGAAGCAUUUACAAUAAACAAGUCUUACGGCCAUAUGUCUCGUCCCACUGAUGUAAUAUAAACUACACUGUUUAGAGUGAUCAUAUCUCUCGUCCAACUGAUGUAAUACGAAUUACACUGUUUAGAGUGGUCUCCCAAUUUAUCUACCACAAUUUGGGCAUGUACUUUGUUCUAGAACCUAGACCACAGAGGGGCAUACGCUGUAAAUGUUUUAUCUCCUGUUCCAACUCUCUUUUACAUGUAACCGUCAUAAGGGAUUUAGUGUUAAAGCAUUUGCAACUUGUAUUAAAACAUUUGCUGUGA